AUGGAUGGCCAAUACCCGUCGCGCAUGCCGCCGUUGGGUGCCUUUUAUACUAGCGGCUACCCUCCAAUGAUGCCCCCACCAGAGCCACUCCAACAGGCGGGACUCCACCAGAUGCAAACGAUGCCGAUGGAGAAUCUGGGGAGCUAUGCACAAUACGAGCACCCGAACCGCAGCAAAAACAACAACAACAACAACAACAACAACAACCUCCCAGCGUCGGCGCCUCAACGAUCCCGGCGGAGACAACCGUCCGGUUCGGAGCACGUCAAGCAUCGACGGACAAGAAGUGGAUGCUACACCUGCCGGCAACGUAGAGUCAAGUGCGAUGAGACACAUCCAAUCUGCGAGCGAUGUCGAAAAGGUAAACGAGAAUGCGCCUACCCUGGUGUCUCGUCUUCGCCGAAGCCGUCCAGGAGCGGUGGUAGAACGAGGGGAUCACCGGAUGGCUCCAGUCCAUCGUGUAGUGAUCUGGACGUCGACGAUGAUGAACCUCUAUCGGCCUUGCCAGAGGAUGAUGACGGUGCAGCCAUGGAUGAGCCACGCUCCGCCACCACAUCCCGUCACAGACGAUCCAUCCCAGCAGUGCGUGGGAGUCCUCCGCAGGGCGACGUGGCCCCUUCUGCAACACGAAGCAGGCGAGAAGGUGGAGAGGAGCCGUCGAAACUGGGCGGCAAGCUUGAUCUCACAAAAAGUGCUCGAUGGAGCUCGUUGCCAAAGGAUGUCAAGUACUAUCUGAAGCAUCACCGUGACAGCUUGACCCAUCACCAUUACGGCUUCAAGUACGAUGGCGGAGACUUCCUCAAGACGACCUUCUUGGAAAUCGCUCUCAAUGAUAGCAGCUCGGCGCUACUUUACGCAAUCGUUGCGWUUGCAGCAUAUCACCAUGCCAUUGCUCGAAACAACAAGAGGAUCUCAGAGUUCCUAUCCUAUUACAACAAGUCCAUCGCGUGUCUGCAGCACUCGCUGAAAAGUAAGAGACACAAUGUCGCAACACUUCUCACGAUCCUUCAGCUCGCAACGAUCGAGGAGUUCCUCGGCGAUUGGGUCAAUCUACUGGGCCAUCAAAAGGCAGCGCACCAGCUCAUCGCGGACCUUUUCACCCCGCAAACGAUCAUGCAGGAUGAAACCCGCCGCAAGAUCAUCAGCUGGUAUCUACGGUUUGACUUGUUCGUUGGAAUGAUGUCAGGCGGGGAAGUGACCAUGGACCGCGAAUGGUUCUCGGCUUCCGCCGAGUUCUACCAACGUCAGACGAGGGACAAACCCAACGAUUUGGGAGCCAGAUUUGAGGAAUACUUUGCGACAUCCCGCUUGCUGGCGACCGACGUAGCGCUCCUCUUCGCCAGCAGAGCAAAGAACACCACCAGCGACGAAAGCUUCGCGAGCAGUGUCGAAAUUCUGUCCAGACGGUUUGGAGAGUUUGGCCGCACGAUYGAGAGCGCUUUGACUGAUCCAGCUUGCUUUGUCAAGUCAUUUCCGAGAGCACCGCCGCGGAACGAAAACGAUCUGUUCGACUAUCAGGACCCUCAAUUCCUGUACGGUGGGGAGGCCGCUACCAUGAACUUCGUCUUGAUAGACCAUUGGGCUAUUGAGCUGAUGUUCAAGUUUCAGCUCAGCCUGGCCAUGGGACAGCCAACGUCACCUGAAUUCGCUGAGAUUGCUAUGAGGAAGUGCAAAAUGUUCGAGGCCAUUCAAUAUGGGGAACAGUCACCGGCCGMGAUGCUGGGUUGUCAAGCAAGUCUUGGCAUAGCGUGUCUCUUUCUGCCUAAAGAGGAGCGCUACACACAGUGGGCCCGACGCAAAUUCGCGUCCAUCGAGCAGCUUGGAUACAUCUAUCCUGCCGCACUUCGAACACGCAUGUCUGAGCUGUGGGGAGAGGAUGUUAACGACUGGUGGCUUCCCAACAGUGAAGGUUACCCAAGUACUGUCAAGACCAUACGAGACUUCAUCGAGUAUAGAGCAGCGAAGCCGACCGAUGACUGGAGCACGGGCGUUCGCGAGAUGAGCGGUAURUUCCGGAAGCUCGAAGUCGACGAGCACGGACUCCCCGAGGCAUUGAGAAGUCCAUUGAGCGGCUCAAUCGACAGCAAUUCCAAUCCUUGGGAGCAUGAGAGCAGUCCAGAUUCGCAACUACCAUUGACUUGA